AAUUUCGUGAAACUUACUUUUGUAGAAUUUUUUACUUGUUUUGUGUCAGCACAACAAGGUUUUGCACUUUUUUAAUGAGAAAUCAUUAAUGGAUGAUAUCUUUUAAUUCAUAAUAGAUAAAAAAAUCGUUCAUUAUUUUUUUGUUGCUAACUUCACUUACUACUAACCUCAAAGUGACAUAACCUUAAAUUAGUUUUUCACGUGUUUGAAAUGGCAAAAAUAAAGAGAAAAAUUAUUUCCAAGCCCCCACAAAAAGCGAAGAACACCAAGUUGAAGAAAACUAAACAAUCGGAAGAUUACAGUUCAAUGUCAGUGGAUAAAUUCCUAGAUCAAGAUUUUGAAGAAAGUGCUUCUGAUGGAGAAACCAAAGCAAGUGUCUCUGAUCAAGACUCAGAAAUCGAGGACACUCAAUCAGGAGACGAGAUAGAGGAACAUAAAGCCGCCUUGAAUAAACUCAAAGACACAGAUCCCGAAUUUUAUAAAUUCUUGCAAGACAAUGACAAAAAAUUGCUUGAAUUCAACCUUUCUGAUGAAGAAGAGGGCGAAGAUGACGAUGCAGAAAACGCGCCCCACAAACCACCGGAAGAAUUAGAAGUCGCUAGUGACGAAAGUGACUUUGAGGAGGAGACUCAAGUCAAGGAAAAGGGCACAGUGACUUUAAAAAUGCUCAAAAGCUGGGAAAACAUGAUCCAGAGUGACAAAUCCAACAAGACUAUCACCACAGUCAUGCGAGCCUUUCAUGCAGCCCUCCUUCGAGUAAGUUCAGAGGAGGGCCAAGAACCUUCCACUUUCAGGGUCGAGGGCUCCGCUGUCUUCAACGGAGUGAUCCAGUUGUGUGUUUUGCACCUAGGACCGGCCUUGCGCCGGUUUCUGGGGCUAGCAGACGGCUCAAAACAGCCCCCACACAAGUGUAAAAAAUUCGUAAAAGUCAAGAGGGUCCUCAAGGAUUAUUUCAUGGAUCUUUCUAAGUUGUUAAGUGGCGUCAGUUCUGCCAACAUCCAAACCGUCCUCCUGAAACACCUCCAUUACUUGUCCCCGUUUGUAGUUUCCUAUCCCAACAUUACAAAAUUGAUUCUGAAGCGCCUGAUCACGAUUUGGGGCACAGCCGACGAGGGGGUACGUGUUUUAGCCUUUUUGUGCAUUUUGCGCAUUACCAAUGGGCAAAAAGCCAAGUUUUUGGACACUGUUUUGAAAUCGAUGUAUAUGACGUAUGUAAAAAAUUCGAAAUUUGUGAGUGUGGGGUCUUUGGCGGCUAUAAAUUUCAUGCGACGGUCUCUAGUUGAAAUGUUUGCGUUAGACGCGGGAGUCGCUUAUCAACACGUUUUUUUGUACAUCCGCCAAUUGGCGAUUUAUUUACGAAACGCAAUCACUGUUAAUAAAAAAGAAAACAUUCAAGCGGUCUACAAUUGGCAAUUUGUCAAUUCUUUAAAAUUGUGGGGGAAUUUCUUGAGUGUGACUUAUCACAAAAUGCAGUUGCAACAACUGGUGUACCCCUUCGUGCAAGUGUGUUUGGGGGUACUUAAGUUGGUACCCACGACUCAAUAUUACCCAUUGAGGUUCCAUGUGGUGCAAAUUUUGAUGGAUUUGUCGCGUGAUACGUGCGUUUUUAUCCCAGUCUUGCCUUUCAUCCUUGAAGUUUUGACGUGUUACGAUUUUAAUAAGAAGCACCAAAAAGUUUCAAUGAAACCGAUCCAGUUCACGUUUUUGUUGAGAGUCUCAAAGUCUCAAAUGAUGGAAAAUGGGUUCAAGGAUGCGGUUAUUGAGACGAUUUAUGAGUUGUUGCUCGAAUAUUUAACCACCAAUUCGCACAGUAUUAGUUUCCCUGAUUUGAGCCUCUUGUGUGUUGUUCAGAUAAAACAAUUUGUGAAAAAAUGCAACAAUGCGAACUACAACCGCAAAAUGAAACAACUCAUAGAGAAAAUCGAGCAAAAUUCGAAAUUUAUCGAGAAUGAGAGAAGCAAAACCACGUUGAAUUUAACAAAUUUCAAGCAGAUUGAAGGUUGGGAGUCGCAGAUCAAGUCACGGGGGACGCCUCUUAGCACGUUUUAUGACAGUUGGAUUAAGCUCCAUAAAAUGAAGAAGAACAAACAGUUGACUAAUAAUGAAGAAUUAGGAGAGUAUAAUUUGCCUACGAUUAAGAAAAAGCCGGCGAAGGUUCGAGAUGAAGGCCCGCUUGAGUUGUUCCCGAGUGAUAGUGAAGAUGAGAAUGAGGGGCAAGAGAAGAAACGGAAAAGGGGGAAGAGAGGCGGGAAGAAUGUUAGUAAGAAGGUUAAGGAUGAGAGUGGGCCUGUAGAGGAUGAUGGAGGGGAGGAUAUUGUUGAGGAUUUGAAAAUGAGCGAUUGGUGAUUCGUUUGAAAAAAUAUUUUUUAUUGUAUUAUUUUAAUAAAAUGAUUUUGAAAUUAA